GAUUGUUCAUUGUUAACCUCUUUUUGAUGCUCAAAAUCCUCAAAAUAAACAAUAUUCUGGUUAAAUUAUACCAUUUUAAAAAGAAUUUUAGGUGAAUUAAAAUAAUUUAUCAAAAUAGUCAUGGCUAAUUGGGAUUUAUUACCAAUUUUUUAUGGGAAUGAUUCUUUUUUUCCGAAUCAAAGCCGCCUGUUUUUUUUUCACGACUCACACUCAGAGCCUCACUCACCACGUGCCAAAACAAUUUUAGUUUUUCGCUCAAUUGUGAAAUUAUUAAAGUUUUUCCAAGUGAAAUCCACAAAACCAACGAUGGAAGGACAAUUUAGUGAUGCUGAGGAAGAUACUGACCGCACGGUGGAAGGACUAGCGGUGAAAUUAAAGGAAGUCACGACGAUUGACAGUGAAAUCUUCAGAGAUCUUCCUGACGAGGAAGCAGAGCUGGAGGAAUUGUCUGAGGAUGAAGUGUACAGUGACCCAGAAGACGAUAUGCAUCUCUACGAGGAUCAUGGGAUGAUCAAGCAGUCAUCUGGAAUGAAUACACAAAAUGCCCCAACAAGAUUGAGCAGUUUUCAGCCCAGUCAGAGUAUGAUGUCCAAGUAUUCCUCGAAGAUCCACGUGGGCGCAUUCCAGGCUUCUUCAGCGGCAUCUUCUGAGGUUAAGAAAGCCCUGGAGAAGAGUGACAGACGCCAAGAUGCCGAACGCACUAAAAUUAAGGACAAGAAGGACAGAGCGACGAUUGACAAAGUUCUGGAUGAUCGAACGAGGAUGGUGCUCUUCAAAUUAUUCCGCCAGGAAAAAGUCACCAAGAUUGCCGGGAACAUCAAGGAGGGCAAGGAAGCCAAUGUCUACCUGGCCUUCAGCAAUGCGUACAAACACGAUGCACUGGCCAUCAAGAUCUUCAAGACAUCAAUCCUGGACUUCAAGGAUCGGCACAAGUACAUCGCUGAUGAGUUCAGAUUCCGACACGGAUACGCCAGGCGCAAUCCCCGGAAAAUGGUAAGACUUUGGGCGGAGAAGGAGAAACGGAACUUAGAGAGAAUGCUUAAGGUCAAUCUUCCGGUGCCGACUCCUUUGGAGAUCCGUGAGAAUGUUCUGGUGAUGGAGUUUAUUGGGGAGAACUAUGAGGCUGCGCCUCGACUAGCCCAAGUGACUCCGAGCCAGUCCAAGGCUCGCGAGUUCUAUUACGAUAUCGUGUGCCACAUGUGGGAUCUGUACAAUCUCUGCCGUUUGGUCCAUGCUGAUUUGUCUGAGUACAAUCUCCUGGUUCAUCGGGAGAAACUUGUGAUCAUAGACGUGUCGCAGUCCGUUGAACACGAUCAUCCCAAUGCCCUGGAAUUCCUGAGGAGAGACUGCCGGGAGAUCACAAAGUACUUCCGGAAGCAUGGAGUGGCUGUGAUGACGGUUCAGGAAUUGUUCAAUUUCAUCACCGACGCCACGAUCAACGACAAAAACAAGCAUGAGUAUCUUCAGGAAAUGCUGAAGAAGAUUGCUGACAGGAGUCUAGAUGACCUUCCGGAUGAGGAGAAGGUGCAGGAGGAAGUCUUCCAGAAUAUCUUCAUUCCCAAACGUCUGGAUGAGGUUGUGCAUUACGAGAGGGACAUUAAAAAAGCCAAGGCCGGGGAAGGGGAUCAACUAAUCUACAAGACAAUUACCGGUCUUUCUGCGAAUCUCGAGGUCAAGCAAGUUCCAGAUAUUCUGCACAGAGAUUCGGAAGAGGAAUCAUCGUCGGCUUUCAGUGAAGACCAUGAUGAUUACGAUGAAGAAUCGAGAUUUCAGAGCAGUGCUCGGCCAAGAGAUGAGUCUCCGGACAGCAAGAAAGCCCGGAAGAAGGCAGUGAAGGACGCCAAGGCAGAAAAGAGGAAGACCAAGGUGCCCAAGCACGUAAAGAAGAGGAAAGAGAAACUUGCACAAAAAAAAUAAAAUGGUCAAAUAAAUGAUUUUCUUGCUAAAAAAAA